GUUGACAACCUGCUGAACACUGUUGACAGUUGGACGCAAUAGAUCGAGCUUUGCUUUUGUCUAUUUCUAUAAUUAAUACAAGCUUAGAAAAAGUUGUAAUACUUUCUAAUCAAUAAUUUAUUUUCAUCUGCAAUAUGGGGAAUUUGUGUGGAUCUUGUUGCAAGGAAUCAUCAUCAUAUGAAGAUUUAACACCUGAUUUGGAAACAAGACGACGAAGGCAAAUGGAAGCUGCAGAGAAAAGAAUAGCGGAACAAGAAAAACGAGGUAUAAAAGAUAUUGAAUCAGUUAGAAGAAAACAGAAACAUGCAUUGGAAAUUGUAAAACGGGAAGAAGAAGCUGGUAAUAUGAGUGGACAAAAUCAAUUAAAGUGGCAAGUGAAUUGAAUUAACAAAAUGGAUACAUGGAAAAAGUGCACUUAAAAAACGAAUAAUUUUAUAUAUAU